CAGUGUUGCUGUUUUCGCGGAGACCGCCUAUCGCUGAUAGUGUACAUUACUGUGUCAUGAAACGAAAGCUGAAUAACCGUACUCGGCACAGAUCUACCUCUUGUCGCUAUUAAUAUAUUACUUGUUUCUGUGUAGAUAUACAGUGUCUAAUGACUCCAGCCAUAUGACCAAGCGCUACAGGAGCGUUAUAGCUGACCAGCAAUGAACACUUUUCGCUAUGGCAGUCCGGAAAUUUAGUUUAAACCACUUAGACCUUAAAGCUGCUAUUGUGCACAGAAUAUGUGGACCGAAUACAGUUAACUGGUUUGAUAUCAAUGAAUGAUUGCUUCUUGGACCGAGAAAAAGGACGAACUGUACUAGUGAAGAGUUUACUUCUGUAAACUGCAGCUUCAGGUGGUUGCUAACAAGCUUCAGACAUAAAAAGACAAUGGCCGAAGAAAACACACAAUUUUGCAGUAAUUGCAAGCAUAACAUUCCAGAAGCCAACUUUACAACACAUGAGAUUCACUGUCGGAGGAACAUUGCUCUGUGUGAAGUGUGCCAGGAGCCUUUUCCUCAUGCUGAGCUUGUGCAGCACAAAGAGAUGGACCAUGCAGAGGAACAGUGCAAAUGUGGAUUAAAAAUAGAAAAAAGGUUCUUGGAGACCCACCAGAGGUCAGAAUGCAGUCAUCGACUGGUUCCAUGUCAGUUCUGUGAUCUAGAGCUGGCCUCCUUUCAAGCUAAAGAGCACGAGGAGUACUGCGGGACCCGCACAGAGCCCUGUCCCAUCUGCAAGUGCAAUGUUAUGCUGAGAGAACAACAAAUCCAUCCAGCCCUAUGCGGAAGUCUGACUCCACCUGAGGAAAGGCACAGUAGUAGGGCAGGGUCCCAGUCUCCUGGAGCAUGGUUUGAGGCACAUUCCAUCCACAACCUAUUGAGGGCCCAGGAGAGGAGCCACAAUAAUAACAACACCGGGGCAGCAGACCGCAGAGGUCCACCACGACCCAUUGAGGACAGACUGCAUAACAGUACCAGAGGAACAGUGAGAGGAGGAACCAGGAGAAACACAGAAACGAGGAACAAUGAAUUUGCUUAUUUGCUGGAUCAGGAAACAGAGCUGGGGAACAACAACAACAGCCUGCUGUGGUCUCUGGGACAACUGCCAGACUACGAGUCUUCCAGUCUGGACUACAUGCUAGCCCUCAGCCUGCAGACUGAAGGUGACUUGGAGGACCCCCGACAAGAGGGUGUGUGGACUGAUGUGUGGGACCAACGCAUGGGAAGGACUCCAGCGCAUAGCAAUCUCACUUCCCAGCUCUCCUCCAACACCAGCAAGAACUGCACCACAGCUCACCCUAAAACCCACACAAACCUGGGCCAAAGCCCUUCCUCAAACAUCAUGCUGCCUUGUGAGUUCUGUGAAGAGCUCUUUCCAGAGGAAGACCUUAUCUUACACCAGACCGGCUGCAGUCCGGCCUCUGCUAUCGCUUCCUUCAGUAAACAAGUUCCUUCUCUCCAAUAUGAAGACAUCAUCCCUCAAGGGACUAGCCAUGUCAUUCAUCCUCGAACACCCAGUCCACCCACCCUGCCUCUCUCCGUUUCUCCAAUCUCCUACAGUUCCUCCUCCAGCCCAGUUGAGGGCGACAUGCUCAUUCCUUGUGAGUUUUGUGGCGUUGCCUUGGAGGAGAAUGUACUCUUUCACCACCAGAACCUAAGUCAGAUGAAAAAAGAGACUGGUGGAUUAUAUGACAGCAUCCAGUCUUUAAAUCAAACUCCACACAGAGGAAGACUCGAAGGUCGAAGGAGUGAGAAAAACACAGAGACACCAAAGGUGCCUAAAAAACAUAACGUUGAAAAAGAGGAGGAGUAGAAAAUGAGGAAAUAAACAUUUUUGCUUUCUAACUCAACCCUCAAGCAGUGACCUGUUGUUGUGGUUUGUAGGCUAUUAUGUUUGCGUUUCUAAAACAUUUACAUAUCCAUGUGAAUUGAUCAAUUCUUUGGCUUGUAAAUGGAUUUCUUUGAUUGCACUAGUUCAUCUUUUCGUCUUUGUACUUUUUUCUAUGUUGUUUGUAUGUAAUUUUAACAGUUUUAAGCUUUGACCUGUUUUGGUUUGAAAGACGUUGGAGAAAUGUUUUAUAUUUGAAUGAAAUCUCCACACAUUGUAGUAGAAAUAUAGAAACUCCCAUAACCCUUUGCUGUAAUGUUGUACGCUUUAGUUAAUGCAAUAGUUAACGUGAACGAUACUGCAUUUAUUAAUCCUGGUUGAUAUUAAUUUUUACAUAGACAAACUUUAUGGUAAAAACACCAUGAACUAAUGCACAAGUGACCAUUACAUGUAAUUUAACAUUAACAAUGAUUAAUAAAUGCUGCAAAAUAGUUAUACUGAAUGCAUUAACUGGUGUUAACUAUAAUCUAAAGCAUAACAUUUUAUUGUUAGCCUGUCUGUGUGGUGGAACAAUUGGUUAUUCUGAGAGGAUUGUUUAUCUCGCUUUGGUCAUGUAUCUAUCACAUCUUUUCAAUAAAAGAUUUUGCCGUGGCUGAA